GUUGGCCCAGAAGGCCCGACUGAAAUAUAAGUCUACCACGUCCCAGCCGUCACCUCCCAUCCCAUCGCGAAAACCCUAGCAGCUCGGCGCCGCCUCCGCUCUCCAACCCCUCAGGUAUUUCCUUCGCAGUCGGCCAGGUCCUCGGAGCGCGGGAGAUGGCGGAUCAGGAGACUCCAGUUGCAGUUGAGGCACCUACCCCAGUUCUUGGGGAGCCGAUGGACUUGAUGACUGCUCUGCAGCUCGUCAUGAAGAAAUCAGGUGCCCAUGAUGGCCUCGUAAAGGGUCUUCGUGAGGCGGCCAAGGCCAUCGAGAAGCAUGUUGCCCAGCUGUGCGUGCUUGCCGAGGACUGUGACCAGCCUGAUUAUGUCAAGCUGGUGAAGGCACUCUGUGCUGAGCACAAUGUUCACCUGGUUACUGUGCCUAGUGCUAAAACUCUUGGCGAGUGGGCAGGGCUUUGCAAGAUUGACUCUGAGGGCAAGGCAAGGAAGGUUGUAGGCUGCUCCUGUGUUGUCGUCAAGGACUAUGGCGAAGAAUCUGAGGGCCUUAACAUAGUGCAGGAGUACGUCAAGUCGCACUAGAUGCAGUGUGUUUCAGCAUCUACAUUUUAGACCUGAGUUUAGAACAAUUUUAAGUGCGAGCCAAAGAUUGAUGUGAACGAUCCAGAUAUCUCUUGCUUUAAGCGCUGUGUCAUCUGCUUUCAAUACAAAUCAUCAAGGGCUGGUAUUCUUGCUUGUUUGUUGUU